CUUCUGCGGCGGCAACGGCGGCGACGGCGGCUGCUGGCCCAUGAUGAUCGACGUCGACCUCAACAAGUGCGAGCCUUGGGAGCUUCCUGGAUGACAGCAGCUGAUGAUAUCUUCUUCUUUUCCUGGUUCCAGAUUCCCCUGUGGAUGAACAGCUAGAGCUUUCUCUGCCUUAGGCUUUUCUUGAUUUCUAGAACUGUGCGUGUGCGUGUGUGUGUGUUAAUUUGCACUAAAUAUUUUUGUUGCUUUUAGCUGUCUUAAAUCCAUUGUCUUCCUCAAUACAUGCAUACUUACUGCAUACGACAUGCAUGAGUUGGAUUCCUCAAUAUCGAUCGCAUCAUCCUUCCUAUGUAAAACUAUAGAGUAGAAAUUGCAAACGUCUUGUCCUCAUCUUGGCUUUUUAUGCCAAAUCUUUGUCCCCUUGUAAACCUCUUCGUGUAUCUCGAUCCAUUCCUGGCGACCUUUCAGAUCUCGAAGAGGAACCAUAUAUCAUUGCACCAGUUGGAGGUUCAGAACCUCAAGUCUCUCCCAAGCCUCAUGUGUCAUAAACGAUCAUGGUUCCAUAAUACAUAGCCCGAUCCACAAAUAAGGAUGAAUCAGUCACCUUGCUUCGAUCAUAUGUCGGAUGAUGUAGUGAUGUUAUCUUCUGCGAGUUGUCGUGGCGCAGAAAUGGCAUGUGUGGCGGGGAAGGAAUGGUACUUCUUCAGUCUCCCGGACCGGAAGUACGCGACCGGGCAGCGGACCAACCGGGCAACGCAGUCGGGCUACUGGAAGGCGACGGGGAAAGACCGGCAGGUGAGCCGAAGAGGCGUGCUUGUUGGCCUGAGGAAGACUCUCGUCUUCUACCGGGGAAGAGCUCCCAAGGGGAGGAAGACCGAGUGGGUCAUGCAUGAGUUCCGCAUGGCAGACUCUGACGAUCCUCCACAAAAGUUCUCGUCCAAGCAGGAUGAUUGGGUCUUGUGUAGAGUAUUCCACAAGAGCAGAGGGGUGGCAUCCAAGCCCACCGCAGAGACUGGCGACGACGAAGCGGUCUCCUCUUCCCUCCCUCCUCUCACGGACGGCCACAUCGCCCUCGAACAAGCGCCGCUGGGUUCACGAGGAUACGACCAAGUGUCCUGCUUCUCCGACCUGAACCCGCACUCUGCGUCACACGCAAAUGAUGCGGCUUACCCUCCUCUCUCCGCGGUUGAAAGGAGCCACCAACUCAAGAGCUCAACUCUCGUGGGGGGAUUACUCGACCUGGGAUCUUCUGACCAGGUCGUAAGCUCUGUGUUGAGCCACUUCACCAAGUUGGAGGGGUACCCAAAGCGGGAGUUCCCUCCAAACACUAGUGCUCCAAGAAGCUUGGACUCCCACUUCACUGGAAAUGGUUUGUCAUACGUUUGGAACCCUUUUUGAGAUUGCUAGUUUAGUUAGAUGAAGGAAGAAUCUGUUCAUGUGCACAUACAUGUACUCCAUACCUAUUUGUAGGUGAUUGAUUACUUAGCAUCGUGCAGGGAUUGCUCACGCAAGAGGGAAGAACAGGCAUACAAGUUUGUGUUUAGUACAUUGGACUCUUUGUUAUGAUUGGAAUGUAAUUGUUUUCUGGAGCUCAAGAAAUGUAAUUAUUUGUUUUGCUGCUGUUC